AUGGCGGCGGCGGGGCCGCCCGAGGCCGUGCACGUGCUGGUGGAGUACGGCUUCGAGUACCGGGCCAAGGACGGCACGCUGGUCUCCAUCAAGCCCAACGAGCGCUACGUGCUGCUGAGACGCACCAACGACCACUGGUGGCACGUCCGGCGCAGCGGGGAUGCCCGGCCCUUCUACAUCCCGGCCCAGUACGUCAAGGAGCUGCCCCCCAUGGCCGCGCCGGCGCCCCUGCACCAGCCACCCGCCACCGCCGCCGAGGGGCCGCCRGCCUACGAGUACCGGUUCGUCCACACCGCCGAGGCCGCAGCRCCCGCAAGGGCCCCGCCGCCAGCRCUGAGCUCCUUCGGGGCGCCGCUGCAGAGUGGCAGCCCCCAUCGUGACAGGCCAGCGCGGUCCCCAGGGGCGCGGGUGGCCCACGAGGGCUGCUCCAAAUCCACCUGYGCCGCUGACGAGGACACACUGGGGCCUGGCCGGGAGGCUCAGACACGCAAGGAGCCCGAGCAGCCGCCCGCGCAGCCGCCCGCGCAGCCGCCCGAGCCCGUCUACCUCAACAUCGCGGAGCUGCGAGAGGAAGCGGCGGCGGCCGCCAGCCGGGCCGCGCCAGGCCCCGCGCCCGCCUGGGAAGCCCACGUGGACAGCAGCAGCGGCCGCGUGUUUUAUUACAACCCGCUCACGGGCGCCAGCCGCUGGGAGUGCCCCGAAGAGGAGGCCGAAGACGGAGUGAGUCCCGGCGCCUCGCCCGCCUCGUCGCCCGCCCGCCGCGCCGAGGCYGCCGCCGCGUGGGGCCGCUACGUGGAUGAAGCCAGCGGACAGGCUUUUUUCUAUAAUUCGGUAACAGGUGAGACGUCGUGGGACCCCCCCGAUCCGGGCGCCGCCGGCAGCUGCCCGGACAUGUCGGCGGGGGUGGCGCAGCACGGCGCGGCCGAGCAGCGGCCGCCCACGCCGGAGACGGACUAUCCCGAGCUGUCUCCGGAUGAGCUGGACGCGUACGCCGACGAUGAGUGCUGGCCUGCGGGCUCGUACGAGCGCGGUGCCCCGCCGUACGCACUGCCAAUGCGCAAUGCCGAGCCGGCUGGCUGGUGCGGGGCCGAGGCCGCCGUGUUCUGCACCGGGCACGACACCGCGCCCACGGUGCCCGUGCGCGGCCRCCACGACAGGGCCAGCAGCGGUUCCAGCCAGGACGGCGGCGGCGUUGCGGGCGCCUGGCACGGCCGCCUGUCACCUGGGCCCAGGGAGGAGCAGUGUAAAAGCCUGGAGAAGGCCGGYGUGCUGAACCGCACCAAGACGGCGGACAGGGGGAAGCGCUUACGGAAGAACUGGAGCUCAUCCUGGACCGUCCUCGAAGGGGGGAUCCUGACCUUCUUCAAGGACUCCAAGCACUCGUCCGCCGGCGCCUUGAGACACCCUGCCACCCUGACCACGCCGGAGCACACGGUGGAGCUGCGAGGGGCCACCGUUACCUGGGCCGGCAGGGACAAAUCCAGCAAGAGGAACGUCCUGGAGCUGAGGACGCGGGACGGCUCCGAGUUCCUCAUGCAGCACGACUCGGAGCAGAUCAUCGUCACGUGGCAGAGGGCCAUCGUGGACAGCAUCGCGCGGCUGAGCACAGACUUCCCUCCGGAAGAUGACGUGGAAAACGAGGCUGAAUUUGGGUCCAGGGAGAAACUCUUUGAGGAGAAGAGGACUUUAGCAGCAUCUGGGCAGGCAACUGGCGGUGGUGACGGCGAGAGCGACUCCAGCAAAGUGCGCAGCAAGCUGCGCAAGUUCCUGCAGCGCCGGCCCACGCUGCAGUCACUGAGGGAGCGGGGCUACAUCAAAGACCAGGUGUUCGGCUGCUCCUUGCAAGCGCUGUGCGAGCGGGAGCGGAGCACGGUGCCCCGCUUCGUGCUGCAGUGCAUCCGGACGGUGGAGAGGAGAGGCUUGGACAUAGACGGGCUGUACCGAGUCAGCGGCAACCUGGCCACGAUCCAGAAACUGCGCUACAAAGUGGACCACGACGAGCACCUCGACCUGGAUGACGGGCGGUGGGAGGACGUCCACGUGGUGACGGGCGCCCUGAAGCUCUUCUUCCGCGAGCUGCCGGAGCCGCUCUUCCCCUUCACCCACUUCGACAAGUUCAUCGCUGCCAUCAAGAUGCAGGAGCCGACGUGGCGCAGCCGCUGCGUGCGCGACCUGGUGUGUUCCCUGCCGCCCGCCAACCACGACACCAUGAGGGUCCUGUUCCAGCACCUCUGCAGGGUGAUCGAGUACAAGGAGGAGAACCGGAUGUCGGUGCAGAGCGUUGCCAUYGUGUUCGGCCCCACGUUGCUGCGGCCGGCCAGCGAGGAGGGCAACAUGGCCAUGCACAUGGUCUUCCAGAACCAGAUAGUGGAGCACAUCUUGAACCAAUACAGCUACAUCUUCCCGGACGGCUAAGCCCGGGUGCUGGGGUGCCC